AUGGCGUUGAUUGUUCUUUGCGUCUUCAUGUGUUCGCUCAGGCUCGCUGGUGCAAAGACAGGUGGGAGCGUCAUUCGCCGGGAAGCCUUGGCUGUUGACUUUCGGGGUGUCCUGAGCGGAUCACCACUCGAGGAGGCCGCCCCGCAUCCUGUCUCGGUGGACGACGCGGGGAAAUCCUUGACGGGGAAGUCAGAUGACGUCGAGUUCUCCGUGACCAAUCUGUCCAUGCCCGUGCCUGCCGGAAGCCCCGAGGACCCCGUGCCAUCCUCGGCCAACCUCGACGAGGUCGGCCAGAGCAAGCGCAUCACCCAGAUCGGCAUGGAUGCGUUGCCUCCUGUAUACACAUAUAAGUACCAGCACAACGGCAUCUUACGAUUUGGUGGGACAAAAACUCGGACCACGUUGCCUUUAAGUGUGACGGUAUCGGGUAACGCCCCCAGAACUGUUGGCAUGUGGGCAAAGACAUCCCUUCGUAAAAGGCAACAGUUGUUUUCAUCUGGCACUCCCAGACGGGGUCAGGCGUUUAAUUUGGUGAUCGGUUCUCGUCAUACGCACGUUUGGUCUCCGAUGAAAUUGGGAUUCAUGGGUUAUGAUGCAGACUACUGGCCGUCUCCUAGAGUUACAACCGUAGAUGGGCGAUGGCACCACUAUGCCGUCUCAUACGACGGCGCCACUAUCCGGCUGUAUGUUGAUGGGAAGCCGUCCGGAUCUAAGAAAAUUGCCUUGAAUACUCAAGGUGCGUGUAAUUACCUUGCGGAGUCGAACCACCGAGCAUAUGUAUGCCCUUUUGUUGGUGAGAUGAAGCAGGUGUUUGUCAUUGGCGCGGCGUUGCCAAGCGCUUCCAUUUACAACAUCUACGCCGGGGCCCAGUCCAUGGCUGAGGAGGCGUUGAACAAGGCAAAGAAGAGCCUUGCUCAGGCUCAGGCAGCGCGCGCGCAGUCCACUGCCGCACUCAAGGAAGCGCGGAAGUCGCUGGUCGCAAUGGGCAAGCAUCACAGGCUCAUCGUUACCGCGCAGAGGAGGGCAGAGACAGCCCACCAGCAAGCGAAGCUGGGAAAGAAAAAGUCGUCGGACGCGCUGAAAAGAGCUUCGACUGCAUCCAAGGAUGCUCACGAAUCGUUAAACGAAGCGAAGAAAGCAGAUGAUCAUGCAACGAAGUUGGAAGGCGUUGUACGCACGCAGGAUCACACCCUGCACAGUCUCGGCCACACAAUGAAAAGCCUCAAUGCGACCAUGGCGCAGGUGGAGUCCAUGCAGAAGGUGGACGAGGAGGUGCUAAAGGUCACGAACAUGACAACCCGUCACCUCGAGAUUAACAUACAUCAACACAAUAAGACACUUAAUACCAUCGAAGCGAUGCAAGAGUUUGACCAUCACUCGUACAAAGCGAUCAACAGUACCAUCGAGACAAUUCAGCAUUCGCUAGGCCUCGCGACGGAAAUGGUAAGCCAGCAUGGCAACGACAUCGUGGAUGCCAAAAAAAAACAGGAAGAAUUAUCGACCGAACUUGAGCAGGAGAAAAAAGAACUUGAGCAGGAGAAAAAAGAAGUUCGCCAGCAACAGGAGCAAAUGAAAUCCCAGCAGAAGGCGCUGCGGAUUACAGUCAUCAGUGCGCUCUCAGCCCUUUUGUUGUACCUGCUACCUGGCCUGCUAAAGAAGGCAGGAAUGGCUGCUGCAGCUGAGCUCGUCGGGCGGCUGAUGACUGCGUACAUGGCGCGCUCAGAGUUCACGAUCACCGUUCAAAGAUUUGACGGCAUGACGCUUUUCGGCCCCAAGACGAUGACAGGUGACACGCCUUUGGGUGAGGUCAUUGCCCAGAUGAAGCAGCCACCAGCGGGACACCUCUGGAAGGUAGUGUCUGCGAAUGUUGCCCUCGACCCCGAGACUCGCAUGUACGAACUCGGCGAAGGACGCGCAUUCGUUCUGACGGCCUCGCACGCGGAGCAUGUCGCGUGCUCCCCUGCAAUGGGCGCCCUGGCAGAUGCAGGGUCAGCCGGACCCAUCGCUGGCGCCAGCGGAUGCGCUGGGGCUGGGGCUGCCGCCAACGACAGCGCGGCGCCCCCCGCCGAAGCGGCCAACGGAAGGCCGCCUGAGAGGUAG